AAACCUGUCUAUUUGUGUGAAUGGUUUACAAAAAAUUCUAAAUAUUUAUCAAAUAACAUCCUCUCUUGGAGGUCUGAUAGUCAAAUCAUUGUGAAUCCGGUGGUUGUGGAUGAAAGAAACAUUUAUCCUUAUUUUUUUCCGACUGCUAAGCUUUGAUAUUCUUCCCCUUUAAACCCCACGUUGCCCGUGCGGUGGCAUUAUCUGGGCUCUAGGAAAAGUCUGCGGAGAGUGGAGCCUGGAGGAGGUGCAGGCAGGAGGAGGAGGAGGAGGGGGUGGUGGAUUUCGAGGAGUCAGAGACGAGGGAUCAUGGCGGCACCUCUCGGACGGGACACCCUACCUGACCACUGGUCGUACGGAGUUUGCAGAGAUGGACGGGUUUUCUUUACAAACGAUAAAACUCGUAGCACUACUUGGCUACAUCCACGCACUGGCGAGCCGGUGAACUCCGGACACAUGAUACGUUCAGAUUUGCCCAGAGGAUGGGAAGAGGGUUUCACGGAGGAAGGAGCCAGUUACUUCAUCAACCACAACCUGAGAUCCACAUCAUUUCGACACCCAGUGACCGGACAGAUUUCAGCAGAAAACACUGAAUAUUCCUUACAUGACAGUAUCAAGACCCGUAUGUCCAAGUCAGCGGCCGGUCAGAGAUCUCCCAGCAUGGUCACACAGUCCUCCAAGGCUGUGAGCUCAGCAGCUGUGGAAGCAACCUCAGGGUCAAAGAGCUCCAGAGGAAUCGCAAAAAUACACAGUUUUGGGAAGAGGGAUCACGCUAUUAAGAGAAACCCCAACAUCCCUGUGGUGGUGAGAGGCUGGCUGUACAAACAGGACAGCUCUGGAAUGCGACUGUGGAAGCGGAAGUGGUUUGUUUUGUCAGACUACUGCUUGUUUUACUACAAAGACAGCCGAGAAGAGACGGUGCUCGGCAGCAUCCCUCUUCCCAGUUAUGUCAUUUCGCCAGUUGAGCUCGAUGACCACAUAAACCGCAAAUAUGCCUUCAAGGCGAGCCAUACUGGAAUGCGCUCCUACAUUUACAAUAAGAACUCUGUGAUUGGCUCGCAGGCAGAACACUGUGGGAUGCGGACAUAUUUCUUCAGUGCGGACACGCAGGAGGACAUGAAUGGUUGGAUCAGGGCCAUGAACCAGGCUGCACUGAUGCAGCAGAGUCACACUGUAAAGAGAGAGUUGGAAAGGCCAGACAAGACUGCACAGCAAGCGGUCCCACAAACAAACCACGUUCACAUCACCCAGAACUCCGCUCAGUCAGAGAAACUUCCCAGGACAGACAGGCAGGAAGCUCAGGAUAAAGGCGUCCGGCUGGCUUACGGGGAUGAGACGAGGUACAGGCUGGAGAUCCAGGGAAAACCCAGUCAGUCUGCCCCGCAAGACAGAGCAGAAAGACUGUCUCCUGACACCGACACAAAGCAAACCGUGAUCCAAGUCGCUCUUCCACCAGAGCAGAACGGGAAUGUUGUUUUUCAGAGAGGUUUUGUUACAAGGACAGACACUGGAAAGCACGUUCAGAGGAAAAAUGCGCUGGCUCAGGUGGAACAGUGGGUCAAAGUUCAUAAAGGGGAUGCACCAAAGAGUACCCCCUCUGCUGAGUACAACCUCCCACGGCGGACUCCUCCAUUAAAGCCCAAAUCCAGCACAGUGGAAACCACCUACCAGUCAUUGCCAAAGUCCCAUCGUCUCCCAUCAGGCAGCAGCUCUCCUCCACUAGCGUGUAACUUGCCCAGCGACUAUAAGUACGCCCACGACCGGCUCAGCCACUUCCGAAUGUCCUCCGAUGACCGAAUGGCCACAAAGGAGGGGAUGGUGUGGCAGCUGUACGAGUGGCAGCAGCGGCAGCAGUUUCGUCACGGCAGCCCCACCGCGCCCAUUUACACCGGGCCGAACUUCACCGACUCCUCGUCCUUCAGAGUUACCGUAGAGAUGCCGCGCUCCAUCUCUGUCCCUCCAUCACCAUGCGAAGUGCCACCAUCGGUGCCCUCCUCGUUCAAACCCCUCUCCCCGCGAAGGCCGCACACUCCUUCAGACAGACGCACAAUUAGACCCCUGGAUGAAGUGGGCCUCGGUGACAGCACAAGAUCAAGCUCCCCUGGCCAUUUUUGCACACAUCUGUCCCAGACUUCCCAAAUUCAGAGAAGGUCUGUGCCGACCAUGGGAUACAUCACGCACACUGUCAGUGCUCCCAGCUUGCACGGCAAAACGCCAGAGGAGCUGACUCUGCUCCUCAUUCAACUUCGGAGGCACCAGGCCAAGCUGGCUGGUGUACAUAGCCCCAGCAAUGCAUUUGCACACCUGCAGCACCACCAGCACAACGGCCUACUGGGCCACAGCAUGCAGGCUGAUGAUACUUACAUACAACUGAAGAAGGACCUGGAAUAUCUAGAUCUGAAGGUCACAGGACAUGAGAGUUUUAAAAAAGACAGAUCGAGACCUGUGAAAAUAGCGGAAAGUGAAGCUGACGUGAAAUUAAGUCGACUUUGUGAACAAGACAAGAUUCUACAGGAGCUAGAAGCCAGGAUAUGCACUUUGAAGGAAGACAAGGACAAGUUGGAGUCUGUGCUGGAUGUUUCCCAUCAGCAGAUGGAGGAGUACAGAGAUCAGCCCUCUCAUGCUGAGAAAAUUGCCUAUCAGCAGAAACUGCUACAGGAAGACGUGGUCCACAUCAGGGCUGAAAUAUCUCAAGUCUCCACAGAGAUGGAGAACGCGUGGAACGAGUACAGCAAGCUGGAGAGGGAUGUGGACUGGCUGAGGUCUGCCCUGCAGGGACAGCUGAACCGCAUUGAUCUCACCCAGCAGGAAAAAGCCCAGAUCAAAAAGGAGCUGCGAAGGAUUGAGGAUGUCAUCGCUGGCCUCAGCACCAAUAAAGCCAACUAUAAAGUCACCAUCUCCUCUGUUACCAACCCAGAGAGGAAAUUUGUGCCUUCAGUGUCAGUGCCUUCAGUGUCUUCACUGUCUGGAAGCCCAUCUGCUAUAGAGAUGAGAUUGUCGCAGCAGGAGCAGCAGACCCCAAGCAGUUACAGCAACACCCUUUCUUGUAAUAUCAGCCAGCAGCCAUUACAGCACUCUGCAACCACCUCCAGUGGGUUUAAAUGGAGUGAGGAAGAUGUACCUCCGAGACCUCCUCUACCUCAGCUCUAUAGUCCUGAAGAGCAUCCUCCUGCUGUGCCACCGUUGCCUAGGGAGACCACAGUCAUCCGACACACAUCCGUGCGCGGCCUCAAACGACAGUCGGAUGAACGGAAAAGGGACAGAGAGAUCGGACAGUACACAAACGGGGACAGUAAGGUGGAACUUAGGCCUUUUCUAAGUGAUCCGGAGCUCAUGGGAGCUGGAGAUGGCUCCAGCCACAUUAGUGUUGCAAUGCCUCGGCACGACGGAGGCUACCAGACGUUACCCAGUAGAGGAUCGGCUGGCUCCUCACUACGAAUGAAUCAUUCUUCAAGCAUCUCCUCUUAUGUGACUCUCCGGAGAUCAGCCUCAGCAGCUGUUAUGAAGGAGAAGCCAAAAAGUGCCUUGGAGCGCCUGUACUCUGGGGAUGGAGUGCAGCAGCAGCAGAGGGGGAAGAUGAGUGCUGAUGAGCAACUGGAGAGAAUGAAGAGACACCAGAAGGCCCUCGUCCGCCAGCGGAAACGCACUCUGAGUCACGGAGACCGGCACGCUUCUUCAUCGCCGCGCGCCUCCACCUCACGCCCACUUUCAGCAGACUUGGGAUCAUGGAAGAGGGAGCAGGAGUUUGACCUGCAGUUGCUUGAGCGAGCCGUUCAGGGGGAGGAGGCUCAGAUAGUUAGGAGCGUCCAGGGAGCGGAGAAACCUCCUGAACACCAGGAGAGGCCGCGCUCGCACUCUGAUGAAUGGCUGACUUUCCGCUUCAUCACCACCACCCCUCCCACCCAGGAAGCAGACUUAGAACCGCUGGACUACGAGCUGGAUCUCAGUAAAGAGUUGUCCAAGCCUCAGAAGGUUUUGAUUCCAGAGCGUUACGUGGAUUCAGAGCCUGAGGAGCCACUCAGUCCUCAGGAAGUGGAAGAGCGCCAUAAAAAGGUCGAGCGGAUUAAAAGCAUUCUGGCAAAGUCAAGCAUGCAGAACAUAACUCCAGCAGUGUCUGUGGACAAACCGGAGGACGGGCAGGUGGCCCUGGAUUCAGCUCUGGAGGAGCAGGAGAGGCUCAUCACCAUGUCCUAUGCUCUCGCCUCUGAAGCCUCACUGAAGAGCAAACUAGUCGCAGCUCAAGCUAGUUCUGGACUCUGAGGUGCAACUCCAACCUGAUGGGAAUCCACUGGAUUACCUGAGCCCAGGGGAUUCAGUUUACUGGGACAUCUCUAUAUGCAGCAAUAAAUAAGUGGUAGUCGACAUUUAAUUUAUGGCUAACAAAGAAAUGAGGUGUUUCUAACUCCUGAAAGCGUUGUCUUCCUGGGAAAAAAGGAAGCAGUGGACGUGACUGCACUUAACUUUGGAAAAUCUAUGCUAAGAUAAUAAAGACUCUUAUCAAAGUUUCUUCCCCCUCUGAAAUGUUGGGCAGCAUCAUGUUUUCCUAAAACGACUCAACUGCUUUUUGUUAAUGUGUCUUUUCAACUGGAAUUAUUGUUAAUGUUAAUUCUCUCCAGGUACAGAAUGUUAAAACGAGAGUAACUAAAUGCAUCAUGAAAAUAAUCUUUUUUUUUUCUUUACUUAGAUCAUAUCAGUCGCCCAGAUCUCCUGUUUAUAUACUGAACCUGUAGCACUGCCUGUAUCGUUUAGGCUUGCCAAAAUGAAUUUUAUUUUUGGGUACAUCUGGAUGAAAUUACCCUUCAUGAUAUUUUUGUGUAACUAGGGGAGGUUGGGAAAAAGGACAUUUAUAGAUGUGAAUAUUAAAGAUGUUGAAAACAUGAUUUGGUCACUAAGGAUUAUUGUGUUCUUAGCAACUUCAGUUUUUGGAGAGUAGAUGCACAAGUCACACAAACAGCAGAAUAUGGACAUUUAAGCAUUAAAUUAUAAAAUUUUUCUAGAAAAAUUGAUGAAUAUUAGUUUUUAGAAGUACUGUUUUUAUUGAGAAUAGGUGUUUUUUAUUAGUUUGAUCUUAGAUUUUUAAUAGUUUCCUGUAAGCACAUGUACACUGUAGUUGGUCCACAUGUACUAGGUUGAAUAUUGGGAGUUGACAGUUCCAAACAAAGUCUGGCUUUAUCCAUGCUAAAGAUAAAUAGGUUCGCAUUAAUCUGAGCCAACAUUUAAGAUCGCUUGAGUUCAAAAUACCACCCAGUAAAGUAGACACAAGGAAGUAAUCUCUUGACUAAAUUUUUUGCUAAAAAUCUAUUGCUGAGCAGAAAGUCGUGACUAUUUUUUUUUUUUUUUUUUUUUUUGAUAUGGCAACAUGUUGUUUGAACCAACAAUUCACAAUUAUAUGUCAAAACAUGCAAACAUUGAAUAAAUGAGAGAACCCUAACCCAUGAAACCCAUGAUGGGUGUAAUAAACUUCACAUCAUGUUUACCAGAAGAUAUUCAAAUUGUAAAAACUUUAAAAGUACUGUAAUGGGGAAGACAUUUUUAAUACUAGAACAUUGAAAUUAUUUUAUAAUAUAGGAUCAUCUCAAAAAAAGGUGUGAGGCAAGAUCUUUCACCAUACUGCCUAACUACUGUAUGCAGCCACAAGGGGACCUAAGUCUGGGUCUCCUAAAACACAGGGUUGUUUCAGGGGGGGGGGGCAUACGACAUAAAAGAAAAAAAAAA